GCAGCUGGUGGGGCUUGGGGAGCCGCGGGGGUGGCAGGGGCGACGGCAGCAGCCGGUUUUUAAAGAGGGUUUUUUCUUUUAAUCGCUGCGGGGGGGGGUGGGGCCCGUUUUAACUCGCCAUGUCCGGAGAAGGAGGCACUGGCGACCAGGCUGCUGAAUAUGUCCCAGAAAAAGUGAAAAAGGCUGAAAAGAAAUUAGAAGAAAAUCCAUAUGACCUUGACGCUUGGAGCAUUCUCAUUCGAGAGGCACAGAAUCAACCUAUAGACAAAGCACGGAAGACCUAUGAACGUCUUGUUGCCCAGUUCCCCAGUUCUGGCAGAUUCUGGAAACUGUACAUUGAAGCAGAGAUUAAAGCAAAAAAUUAUGACAAAGUGGAAAAGUUGUUUCAGAGAUGCCUUAUGAAGGUUUUGCACAUUGAUUUAUGGAAAUGUUAUCUUUCGUAUGUACGAGAAACCAAGGGGAAACUACCUAGUUACAAAGAGAAAAUGGCUCAGGCGUAUGAUUUUGCUCUCGAUAAAAUUGGCAUGGAAAUCAUGUCAUAUCAGAUCUGGGUGGAUUACAUCAAUUUUUUAAAAGGCGUAGAAGCUGUAGGAUCUUAUGCAGAAAAUCAGAGGAUAACAGCUGUUCGUAGGGUUUACCAGCGAGGUUGUGUGAAUCCAAUGAUCAACAUAGAACAACUCUGGAGAGACUAUAGCAAAUAUGAAGAGGGAAUCAAUAUUCACUUAGCUAAGAAAAUGAUUGAAGAUCGGAGUAGAGAUUAUAUGAAUGCUAGACGGGUGGCUAAGGAAUAUGAAACUGUUAUGAAAGGUCUGGAUCGUAAUGCUCCCUCUGUCCCCCCACAAAAUACUCCGCAGGAGGCCCAGCAGGUUGACAUGUGGAAAAAAUACAUCCAGUGGGAAAAAAGUAAUCCUCUGCGUACAGAAGACCAAACUCUCAUAACAAAAAGAGUUAUGUUUGCUUACGAACAAUGUCUUUUGGUCCUGGGGCAUCAUCCCGAUAUCUGGUAUGAAGCUGCACAGUAUCUUGAGCAAUCCAGUAAACUGCUAGCUGAGAAAGGGGACAUGAACAAUGCUAAACUGUUCAGCGAUGAGGCUGCUAAUAUUUAUGAAAGAGCAAUCAGCACUUUACUAAAGAAGAACAUGCUUCUUUACUUUGCCUAUGCAGACUAUGAAGAGAGUCGAAUGAAAUAUGAGAAGGUGCACAGCAUAUAUAACCGGCUCUUGGCCAUUGAAGAUAUUGACCCCACUUUGGUGUACAUCCAGUACAUGAAGUUUGCAAGGCGAGCAGAAGGUAUCAAAUCUGGAAGAAUGAUAUUCAAGAAAGCUAGAGAGGAUGCCCGCACUCGCCAUCAUGUCUAUGUUACAGCAGCAUUGAUGGAGUAUUACUGUAGUAAGGACAAGUCAGUGGCCUUUAAGAUUUUUGAAUUGGGGCUGAAAAAAUAUGGAGACAUUCCAGAAUAUGUAUUGGCAUAUAUUGACUAUCUGUCUCACCUUAACGAGGACAAUAACACAAGAGUUUUGUUUGAACGUGUGUUAACCUCAGGAAGCCUUCCGCCUGAGAAAUCUGGAGAAAUCUGGGCCCGGUUUUUAGCUUUUGAAAGUAACAUUGGUGAUCUAGCUAGCAUUCUUAAAGUAGAAAAACGGCGGUUUACAGCAUUUAAAGAAGAAUACGAGGGCAAAGAAACUGCUCUGCUGGUAGAUAGAUACAAGUUCAUGGAUUUAUACCCUUGUUCUGCAAGUGAACUUAAAGCUCUGGGUUACAAGGAUGUCUCACGUGCCAAACUAGCAGCCAUAAUUCCAGACCCAGUAGUGGCUCCUUCCAUAGUGCCUGUUCUAAAAGAUGAAGUGGACAGAAAACCUGAAUAUCCCAAACCAGACACACAGCAGAUGAUUCCAUUUCAGCCAAGACACUUAGCACCUCCAGGUUUACAUCCUGUACCAGGCGGCGUCUUCCCAGUGCCACCAGCUGCUGUAGUUUUAAUGAAACUCCUUCCACCUCCUGUUUGUUUCCAGGGCCCUUUUGUGCAUGUGGAUGAACUCAUGGAAAUUUUCCGAAGGUGCAAAAUGCCAGAAACUGUUGAUGAAGCUAUAAGAAUAAUUACUGGAGGCCUGCCUGACCUAACUGUAGAAGGUAAUGGACCUGUGGAAAAUAAUGCCAUGCUCAAUAAAGCUGUCAAGAGACCAAAUGAAGAUUCUGAUGAUGAAGAGGAGAAAGGAUCAGUGGUUCCUCCUGUACAUGACAUUUACAGAGCACGACAGCAAAAGAGAAUCCGGUGAAACAAGUUUAAAAUCCUACUGAUAGAAAAGGACUUUGAGAAAUUUUUUUGCCUCUGAAGUCAAAUGUUUAAAGGGACAUCAGUUUUUAACAGAUAUCUUGGAGCGGAGGUUUGUUACUGAGGUGCCUCUUAUACCAUAAGUUUCUUGGACAGACGAGUCUUAGAAUGCUGAACAGAUUUGUGCUCUGAACAAAAUUAGGUUUUCAAAAAAAAGUGCAAAAUGUCCAACUUGCAUUUAGUUCCUCUUCAAGUGUGUUCACAUCUACCACUUGAAAUCUUGUGGGGUUUCAACAGUUUUAUUUUAAAAACUGGAUGGCUUAUAAUUGUGAAACAUUUUUAAUUCACAUUUUCUGGAAAACAGUUGUUCUCAGUUUGCUCAUGUAGUGUCCUGCCUUAUUGUUUGUUUUUAUUUAUGGCAGAAUGUAUGAAAUCUGUUUUGUAGUUUAAAAUGGAAAAACAUUCCUUUAAAAUAAAAGGAUAUCAAUAA